GUGUAAAUACUGUGACAGGUCAUUCAGCAUUUCCUCUAACCUCCAGCGGCACGUUCGAAACAUCCAUAACAAGGAGAAGCCAUUCAAAUGUCACCUGUGUAACCGAUGCUUUGGGCAGCAGACCAACUUGGACCGACACCUUAAGAAGCAUGAACAUGAGAAUGUGCCAGUGAGCCAGCACUCUGGAGUCAUUACUAACCACCUUGGGACCAGUGCCUCCUCCCCAAACUCGGAGCCAGACAACCAUGCACUUUUAGACGAGAAAGAGGACUCGUAUUUCUCUGAAAUCAGAAAUUUUAUUGCAAAUAGCGAGAUGAAUCAAGCAUCAACUUUAACAGAUAAAAGUAUCACCCACGACGGAGCCCAAGGAACGUUUGAGGAUGAGGAGGAUGAAGAGCCCACAUCCCUCACCAUGAGCUUUGACCAUACCCGAAGGUGUAUUGAGGAGGACGAAGCCGGCUUGUUAGAUUUGGAGCAGAUGCCGAAUUUUGGGAAGGGGCUGGAUCUUCGCAAAGCAGCCGAGGAAGCAUUUGAAGUUAAAGAUGUGUUUAAUUCCACCUUAGACUCUGAGACAAUAAAACAGACUCUGUACAGGCAGGCUAAAAACCAGGCUUAUGCAAUGAUGCUGUCCCUUUCUGAGAACACUCCCCUUCACACUUCUUCCCAGAAUUCUCUGGAUGCUUGGUUGAACAUGGCAGGAGCAGCCUCAGAGUCGGGGACCUUUAAUCCCAUCAACCAUCUCUGACGGGUCGAGAAGGCACUGGUUCAGAGUCCGAGUGAGGAGGUGUUGAUGCUGUGACUGCCCUAU